UAAGGGUUCAUUUUGUCAAAUUUCAUAAUAUCAUUGCCGCGAGUGGAUAAUAUAAAGCCCUAAAACCCAGAGAUAAACCCUAGUAUUUUUCGCCGUCGUCGAUCAUCGGAAGACUUUAUCUGACAGUCGCCGUUCUUCUCCUGCUAAUCAAGUAUACUCAAUCAAGAUGUAUCUCCAGUUUUACAUAAACGAAAAUGGUGACAAAGUUUACACCACCAAGAAAGAGUCACCACUUGGACUUGCCACGCAGUCUGCUCAUCCUGCUCGGUUUUCACCUGAUGAUAAGUUCUCAAGGCAAAGAGUUCUUUUGAAGAAACGUUUUGGAUUGCUGCCAACUCAAAAACCACCUCGCAAAUACUGAAUAGUUUGUUUAUGGUUUUGACAACACCAAUUUGCACUUGUAAAAUGGGAAUUUUGGCCAUGGUUGCAUUGUUCUUGAUAUGAUCCACAAGUAACAUAAUCAAUAUUUCUACCAAUUUACUUUUUGAUGGAUCUAUUUGGGUUAUUUUUGAUCUUUAAAUGCAUGCAAAUGGUGUUAUUCAAACUA